CCUCGCGCAGCUGAGAGUGAGUGAGUGUACAGGGACAUGAUAUCGACUGACAGUGCUGCUCUUCCCCGCACACAACAUGGGCUCAACCGCCCAUACCACCAAAGGCAGAGCCCCAGCUUCACUGCAAAGACCCGGACUCGGUUCUGUGUCGUGGAUCGCGUGUAUUGUUGAGAUAUUUGAGGUGUAAAAUGUGGGUGAUGGUGCUGUGGACUCAGGACAAGAUGGCAGCAGUAUGAGACACACACGUCUACAUGCUGUGAGUUCUGUCGAAGUGUGUAAAAUGAUCGGAGAAGACCUGGAUUACAUCUACUGUUAGUCCGUGUGAAAGGUAUGGCCUCACAAGUCUUGGUCUAUCCACUACAUGUUUUUCAAACUCAGACAAGUGCCUUUUGUAGUGUGAAGAAACUCAAAGUUGAGCCCAGUAACUGUGUUUACCAUGAGAGGGCCUACCCACAGACUUACUUGAAUUGUAGAACCCUUGGCAUUGCUUACCCGUCAAAAAUCACCGCUUCCUUUAAGACACGAUAUUCUGUGAUCGGCAGACAUCGCGGGCAGGAGUUACCAUUGCAAACGGCUGCUGUACGCGGUGUGCGACGUCAGCAUACCACCACAGCGGCACAGCAGCAAAAAGGGGGUGUCGCCUCUCAGGAUAACGAGCCGGAGCACCAGGAAAAAGGAAAGGGUUGCAGCAGUGGAGCUACAGGGGCAGUUGGAAGGGGUAGGGGAGAGGGAAGCGACAGUCAAGAAGGAGGAGGUGGAGGACAGGGUGAAGGUGACGAAGGUGGUGGAGGAGAGGACGAGGGUGACCGGGAAGAUUGUGGAGUUUUUAACUUGCAAGACAGCUCCCACAGAUGCGGGCUGAAACGUAAGAGCGGGGAGCUGGAGAACUUGGGGAGCGCCAUGCAGAUUGUAGAGGACCGGUCAAUGUUACCUGCAAUGUUGCAAUCAAAUUUGGGAAACCCACCAGUUGCGGUCCCAGUCGGUGUAGGGCCUGCAAAGCAAGGUGGAAAUUCCGGAAACGGGGAUGGAGACUACCAGUUGGUGCAGCAUGAGUUGCUGUGCUCUUUGAAGAACACCUACGAGGUCUUAGACUUCCUCGGCCGUGGUACUUUCGGCCAGGUAGUGAAAUGCUGGAAACGAGGCACCAAUGAGAUUGUGGCGGUGAAGAUCCUGAAGAAUCAUCCAUCAUAUGCACGACAGGGUCAGAUUGAAGUAGGCAUCCUGGCACGCCUCAGCAGCGAGAAUGCAGAUGAGCAUAAUCUGGUGCGAGCUUUCGAGUGUUUCCAGCACCGCAGCCACACCUGCCUCGUGUUUGAGAUGCUGGAGCAAAACCUGUAUGACUUCCUUAAGCAGAACAAAUUCAGCCCGCUACCUCUGAAGGUGAUCCGUCCCAUUCUUCAGCAGGUGGCCACGGCGCUAAAAAAGCUAAAGGGCAUGGGACUGAUCCACGCGGACCUGAAGCCUGAGAACAUCAUGCUGGUGGACCCUGUACGGCAACCCUACCGGGUGAAAGUCAUAGACUUUGGCUCAGCCAGUCACGUCUCCAAAGCCGUCUGCUCGACGUACCUCCAGUCGCGGUACUACAGGGCUCCAGAGAUCAUUCUUGGCCUGCCUUUUUGGGAAGCCAUAGACAUGUGGUCGCUGGGAUGUGUGAUUGCUGAGCUCUUCUUGGGCUGGCCCCUCUACCCAGGAGCCCUCGAGUUUGACCAGACGGGAGUCACUUUCUGCAAACAGAAAUGA